AUGGUCUUGAAAGUUUACGGCAACCCUGCAUCUCCCUGCACCCGUACCGUCACGAUGGUUUGCAAGGAGCUCAACCUUCCCUAUGAGGUCGUUGUCAUCGACUUCACCAAGGGCGAACACAAGCUGCCCGAGUACAUCAAGAAACAGCCCUUCGGCCAGAUCCCUUACAUCGACGACGACGGCUUUGUGCUUUACGAGUCCCGCGCCAUUGCUCGCUACCUGGCAUCCAAGUACGCCAACGCAGACACAGCGAUCCUCUAUCCGAGCGACUUUCAGGGAAGAGCUCUCGUCGAACAAGCAGCGUCUAUCGAGGCGUUCAACUUUUAUCCGUCCGUGUACGGCGCCGUUUCUGAGAGGAUCUUCAAGCCUGCCUUCCGUGGCCAGCCUACUGAUGAGACUAGGCUUCAGGAGCAUCUCUCGGCCUUGAACCCCAAGCUGGAUGCUUAUGACAAGAUUCUUGACACGCAGAAGUACCUCACUGGAGAUAACUUUACGCUCGCUGACCUGUUCCACAUUGCGUAUAGCGCGUUGUUGGAACAGGCAGGCCUAGGGUCCCUCUUUGAGUCUCGCCCCAACGUUGCUAGGUGGUGGAAGGACAUUGCCGCUAGGGAAUCUUGGCUUGCCGUCAAGGAUGCCGCUUGA